AUGAGAGGUGCUCUCUCCUCUCUCCUUCGAGUGUGCAGGUUCAUCGGUAGCCUCCUUGUGGCGGCGGCUAUCAGGUUGCUAGAGUCAAGUCUAGCAAAUCAAAAUACGAUGGCUGGCCGAGGGGAACAGCAAGGCCCCGUCCGCGAAGGUAAGGAGAAAGACAGAAUUCUAUUUCGGAGAAGCAGUCCAAAAGGGCGUUGUGAUAUAGAUACUCAAAGGAAGGGGCGCAUAGAUCAGAAGUCUGGAAGCCUCGUUGUUCGUAAUGAGCAUGGUUUAAGAUCUGAAUGUCGGAUCAAAAAACGAUUUCGAGAUGAGUUACCGUUGCUGAACCUCCAUCCCCGGCCGCGCAAGCGUCCCUGCCUGCUGAAAAAGGCGGCGUGGCGAUUCAUUUUGUCGUCGCCAGAGGACGUGGAGGAUGGAGUUAAGACGGCUACAAACCAAUCGUCAGUCUUAGUCAGUCAGACUGAGACGCUAGCGACUGAUAGCUAUGUUCCUGGGGCCCAAGCCGGCAACUCAGUUGUGGGUACGGGAUUGGUGGAGGAUGACUCCCCAGACGCGCCGCCGGCAACGGGUGAUCUGCUCUUGCCAGAUAAUCCAAAAAACUCGCAGCGGAAUGGGCGGGCCAUUAAAAUCCAGGUCGACAAGAUGUCGAUAUCCUAUGGGGACAGAUCAGGGGUAUCUGGGAUUUGGGAUAACGGUUUUUCUGUUUUGAAAAACGGGGAAAAUAUGAAACUUAAUUCAACCCAACGUCUACGCUACAAUAACCGUAUCACGACUCUUUUCCCUGGGUGGCCACUCGUAGUACCCUAUUUAAAGGCUCGACCCCGACGUGCUUCUCACAAUACUCACAAUAAUAACAAGCGGUCGUGGGCUUUGGCGGCGAUCAUUGCACUGGGUGGAGCUUGA